UGCAAGGAUCGGAGUUUUUCUGGAACAAUAAAGAAAGUUAAGAACGUAACUAACUGCGGAAGAGCACGUAGUCCCCCAUGACAAGUGCCAGUAGGAACAUGCCAAAAAAUUUGGCGAUAAGUUUAAAAAAAGUUUUAAAUCAAUAAAAUUUAAGUCAAUAAAAAAAUUUAGUGCUACCAAGAUUUCUUGAUCGUUAAUUUAACCCCACAAUUUGGAAAAUAAUUAUUUCUGUAAUUAAUUUUGUCGUUCAAUAAAAAAAUAAAUAAUAAAAAUGAUGUCCAUACAAAGUCGGUACCUGAUAAUAAGCAAAAAUAUAUUUUGCACUCAAUUUGCAAGAUCACGUUACAAUUAUCCCAGUAAAUUUAAUAAUAAGAAUAAUAAUAAUAACAAUAUUCGUCGGGAACAAGUGAUUCCAGUCCGGGAAUUCAAAAAUUUCGGUCAUGGUAUCAACAGAGAUUUGUCUAAAGCUAGAACUAUUUUCCUGGGAAUACUUUUAUUCUCUUUGACUGGACUUUUUAUCAACUACAGACAACUUUUCAAGAAUAUUAAAAAAUCACUCACAGUUGAUGCCGCUGAAAUGUUGAUGGAAGAAAAUGAAGACAAAAAUAAUAAUACAUCUGUCGAGCAAUCGGAGUCAGAGCCCAAGAAGAAAAAGAAGAAACAAAAAAUAGGAUUCCGCGAUCGCAAGAUAAUAGAGUACGAAAAUAGAAUGCGAGCAUAUUCAACACCAGAUAAAAUAUUUCGUUAUUUUGCGACAGUAAAGAUUACGAGUUUGGAAGGUACUGAUAUCUACAUGACACCCGACGAUUUUUUAAGAGCCAUUACACCUGGCAUGCAACAACCAGACGGUUUGGGAUUAGAUCAAUACAAGCGAUUUGACCCGAAGAGUGUCCAUAAUAAAUUGGAAUUAGAAUUAGAUGAAAAUAGUAUCUUCUAUAAACUUGGUAGUGCUGGUUUAAUAAGUUUUUCAGAUUACAUUUUCUUACUGACUGUUCUUUCAACAUCAAGAAGACAUUUUGAAAUCGCAUUUCGCAUGUUCGACUUUAAUGGCGACGGAGACGUUGACUCUGACGAAUUCAGCAAAGUGGCGACUUUGAUAAGACAGCAAACGAGUAUCGGAAAUCGUCACCGCGAUCAUGCCAACACCGGAAAUACUUUCAAAGGCGUGAAUUCCGCAUUGACAACAUACUUUUUCGGAUCUAACAUGGAUCAAAAAUUGACUAUUGAAAAGUUUCUCGACUUUCAAGAACAAUUGCAAAAAGAAAUUUUGAGUCUUGAGUUUGAACGCCGGAAUCCUGAUGCCGAUGGCAAUAUCACGGAAACGGACUUCACUGAACUAUUGUUAGCUUACGCGGGUUAUCCGGAAAAUAAAAGAAUUAAAAUGAUUAAGAGAGUUAAAAAACAAUUCAAAGAUAACCCGCAGGGAGUUAACAAAGAAGACUAUUUGAAAUUUUUUCACUUUUUAAAUAAUAUCAAUGACGUUGACACGGCUUUGACAUUUUAUCAUAUCGCCGGCGCGUCAAUAGAUCAAGCGACUUUAAAACAUGUCGCGCGUACUGUAGCACACGUUGAGUUGAGUGAUCAUGUUAUUCAAGUUGUCUACACUAUUUUUGAUGAAAAUUUGGAUGGGCAGUUGAGUAACCGCGAGUUUGUAGCAGUAAUGAAAAAUCGAGUAUUGAGAGGCUUAGAGAAACCCAAGGACACUGGAUUUGUAAAAUUAAUGCAGUCAAUGAUGAAAUGUGCUAAAAAUAGUUAUUCAUUUGAUAAAUAAAUAAAUUUAAUUAUUUAUAUAUUUAUUUAUUUAUCUAUAAAUUAAUUACUAAUACAUUUAUUAAUGAUUUCUGUAUAUAUCUCAACGUGUGAUAUUCGUAUUAAUAUUUAAUUGUCAA